CCAAAACUGAAACAUGCUCGCGUGGGUGCUCCCCUCUUCUUGGUCCUUUCUGACAGUCGCGUCCGGCACAUUCCUAUGCCUGGCUGUAUUUUCCUUCGCUGCUCACAGCUCAUGGCCAUCCCUCGACAGCUCGCAUUCGUUUCAGCGCCAACCUUUCCUUCUUUUGCUGCUUGUCACUAGCUUCAUUAAACACUCGUGCACUGCUGUCGAAUUGAUCUCCAAGUCCUAGUCCAGUCCACACCGUUUUACUUUUGUUCGACCCACUUCCUCUCCACACGAACCGGUGGACUCGCCCUCUUUCGCCAGUGAUUGUCAGAUCCUGCUUGGACUGUGCAAAGCGAUCUUACGUCCUGGAAGUUUCUCCGACCAAUCGCGACACUGCUCGCUAAUUAGAGCUGCAGGGCAGCUUCUGGCCUCGUUUUAGUCCUUCUCUCUUAUUAAAAUCCCCCAUGCCCUUUCCAACCUUCAUGUCCGGAAGACCUGGUAUAACGGAGAAGCGGCUGUCGGCGCAUCGCUUCCAGCAGCUUCCUGACAUGACACCCGACAUGGCGAAUCCUAACGACGUCACCAUUGACAUCCCUUUAAAUCCGGUCCCCAGCCGGAAUCAGACCGGCGCUCGCAAAACGAGUAGCAACAUAGAUGGCUCGCCAAACCCGUAUCAACCACCUGGGAAUGACAAAGGCACUGGCGAGAAGGAUGGGUUGGUCGCGCCCAAUCCAGGUAUGCGCAGGCGAAUUGACGAGAGCACGGGACGUUCGCUUGAAGAUCCUGAAGAUGGCACCGUCACACGUAUGGGCCUGAUCUACCAGGCGAUUCUCAACUACUCCGUCAUCACUCGGUACUUUAUCUAUGUGGCACCUCUUGCACUGUUGUUUGCUAUUCCCAUCAUCGUGGGCGCCACGGUCGCGCAGGACGCGACUAUCGGUGGUGUGACGCUGCCGUGGUUCUGGUUCUGGAUUGAGAUUGUCUGGGUCAGUCUGUGGUUGUGCAAGCUGGCCGCAAUGAUCUUGCCGUACAUUUUCCAGGCCCUCUGCGGCUUCGUCAGUUCGGGCACUCGCAAGUACGCUCUGAUUCUCCGGAAACUCGAAAUGCCGAUUGCGACCGUGUUUUGGUGUGUGGUGUGCUUGGUCACAUUUUUGCCAGUCAUGACACAAAACCCUCAUCAAAAAGCCAAGGGUGACACCUCUACAAAAUCGUGGGAAAAGUCCAUCAAGAACAUCCUGUUUGCCCUUUUCGUCUGCAGCUUGAUCUUCCUCGCUGAGAAGACCAUGGUGCACCUCAUUUCCAUCAGCUACCACCGCAAGCAGUUCGACGCCCGGAUCAAAGAAUCCAAGCGCAAUGUGUAUCUAGUGGGACUACUGUUCGACGCCUCCCGCCACAUGUUUCCCAUGUACUGCAAGGAAUUCCGCGAGGAGGAUGCUGCCAUCUCCGACUCCCUCCUUCGUACCGCGGCCUCCAAGACCAAGCGUACGGGUUCCUCAUCGGCGCCUCUUCGCAUGAUUCGGGCGGCAGGCCAGAACGUUCACCACUUCGGCAACAAGGUGACGGCGGCGUUUGGAGACGUGGCCCAUGAACUGACCGGCAAGCAAGUCUUCAACCCCACGUCCACCCGGUCCGUGGUUACUCAGGCUAUGGAACACCGACGGACGGCCGAGGCGCUCGCACGCAGAAUCUGGAUGUCCUUCGUCAUCGAAGGCCGUGAGGCGCUGUACUUUGACGAUAUUUGCGAGGUUCUCGGAGCCGGCAUGGAGGCGGAGGCGGAGGAAUGCUUCGCCAUGCUGGAUCGCGACGGCAACGGAGACAUCAGCUUGGAAGAGAUGAUCUUGGCUGUCGGGGAAGUCCGUCGGAUGAGAAAGUCGCUGAACAACAGUCUGCACGAUGUCGACCAGGCGAUCCACGUCUUGGACAACCUCUUGCUGACCGUUGCCGGUGUUAUCGCGGUUCUUGUCUUUGUGUCUUUCGUGACGACUGGCUUCGGUACCGUCAUCGCGGCGGGUGCCACUUCGCUACUCUCCCUCAGUUUCGUCUUCUCGACCACCGCCCAGGAAGUCCUUGGUUCCUGCAUCUUCCUCUUCGUCAAGCAUCCCUUUGACGUAGGCGACCGCGUGGAAAUCAGCGACAAGCCGUACUUUGUCGAGCGCAUCUCCUUGCUGUUCACCGUGUUCCGGAACGUCAACGACCACCGCAUGACACAAGUCCCGAACGUCGUCCUCAAUACGCUGUGGAUCGACAACUUCACCCGCGCCAACGCCAUGCACGAGCGACUCACCAUUUCCGUCAGCUUCGCCACCACCUUCACCAACAUCCAGCAACUCCAAGAGGAGAUGGAGACCUUCGUCCGGGACAAGGACAACUGCCGCGACUUCCAGCCAGAAGUCACCAUCGAUGUGGUAGGCCUAGGCGACAUGGACAAGAUGGAGCUGAGCGUAUUGAUCUGCCACAAGUCCAACUGGUCGAACGAGGCCGUCCGCGCGGCCCGUCGUUCCAAGUUCAUGUGUGCAUUGAUUACUGCCGUACGCAAGGUGCCGAUCCGCGCCCCGGGUGCCAGUGCCGACGACGACGACAAAGACGAGCCCAAGGAUGACGACAAGACGGACACCGGCCUCGAGGACCAGACCCUUCCCGUCCGCCAGGUUUCAAUUGCCAGCGAAGGCGUGAGACGGGCCAACACUACAGCCGGCGGUCUCACCGUAGAGCACGCCACCCGCUCGCAGGACGGAUCGCGCGACGGCCACGACGCGGAGCAAUACCAGACGCCCGUGGGGUCGCCCGGCCAGGAGCGACAGCUCAACGUGACGUACGGACUGAUGACGCGCGAGCCAUCGACGGGUCGUCGCAAGGAGGGCCGCACCUCGUAUGUCUCCCCCGAAGGCGACGUGCCUGUGCUCUCUCAGCCAGUGCCUCCCCGCCAUCGCGUUAGCUUGCCACGGGUGCCAUCCGCCGGCUCAGUCGAGCCCAUGUCCGGAACAUCCUCCAGUCAACCGCCCGAGUACUACAACUACCCAGGACAGUACUACGACGCGGAAGACCCGUACGACCCGAACCAGCCAUUUGAGCUGCCAUCGACGUUAGAACCGACCGAGCCGCGCGAGUAUCCGUCGCCGACUCGAACGACGCCACACUCGGAGUCCGAGCCGGGACGGUUUGCUCCCCGACGGUAGAGCAUAGACUAUGAUGAUGAUG